AAAUCUACUUUCGUUUUGAUAGGAUUAUAUCAAACAUUCCAAUUUAUUUAUUUAUUUAGGAGUGAUGAUAGAUCAUGGAUGAGAUACACAAGAAGGCUCUUAACCAAUGUAGAGUCAGUUUGGUUAAAAAUAUUAUCUUUGAGAGCGAAUUCUGCGACCUGAUUAAACAAAAAGAAAUUUUUACUGAUGGGAUGCUUGAAGAGAUUCAGGCUAAUACUUCAAGACGUAAGAGAGUUGGACAAUUAUUGGAUGACCUAAGACGUAGAGGUCCAGAUGCUUACAACAAAUUUUUAUAUUGCUUAGAAAAUUCAGGCCAUAGAAAUCUUGCAGAUGCUGUAAAAGAGAAGGAGAAACAAAUCCGUAAUGAAAACCAACAACCAGUACUUCGGGAAACAAUCCAUGGAGCUCAACAUCUGCAACACAGCAUAUCAGCACAGCCUCUUUUAUCUCCAGAUCCAUUAUCAAACAUGAAUUCUAGUCAAUCUGCUCCAAAUCUAGCAUCAUCUGGUUCAAUAGUUGCAUCACCUAGUGAAGAUUUACAGGAUAUCACAAGUAGAAAGGAGGUCCAGGGCAACAGUAAUUUCCAAAGAGAGACUGGUUACAAUGAGGAUAUAAGAAUGGAUGUAGCUGACCACAUCAACCCAGGAUUUUCAAACCCUUUACCAGGAGCUGAAUCUAGUAGAAGCAGUUCAUCAGGCGGGCUUGGGAGUUACAAUAUUACAACUGAUCCAAGGGGAAUUGUCCUUAUUAUAAAUAACAUAAACUUUGUUAGUAAUAAUGAAAACAGGCAUGGAGCUGAAAUAGAUCAAGAAAAAUUGAUGGAAAUGUUUAGAGACUUUGGAUUUGAAAUACGUGUCCAUAUAGAUAAAACAGCUCAGGAAAUAGAAGAAAUAUUAAAAUAUUUUUCAAAAGAUGAACAGCUCUUAGAAGUUGACAGUUUGAUAGUUGUUUUAAUGUCGCAUGGCAAUAAUGAAAUCAUAUUAGGAACCGAUGGAGAAUGCAAAAAUAUCAUAGAUCUGAUAACACUCUUUAACUCUAAAAAUUGUACAUCAAUGACAGGCAAACCAAAGAUGUUUAUUGUUAAUGCUUGUAGAGGUGAUGGUAGAGACAAAAUAUUUGGGAAAACUCAACCUGUUGAUGUUCAUGAUACAGUUCAUACUGAUGGUCGAGGGUUAAGUAAACAGCCAGCAAACUGUGAUUUGUUAAUAGCAUACUCAACAUUUCCAGGAUAUGUCUCUUUUCGAGAUGAUAAGAAUGGCAGUCCAUUUGUAAAAUGUCUUGUGGAAGUUUUUAGAGAGAUGGCACAUUUGGUACAUGUGUUAGACAUGUUGACAGAGGUGAACAAUAGAAUGGCAGAUAGCCACAAUCAGAUUCCAAAUCCUACAAGCACAUUACGGUUAAAAUGGCACUUGAUGUAAAACCACUUGUAUCAAAAUUUUAGAGUAUUGUCAUGUAAGAUUAUUAUGGCAGCUUUGUGUUCACGUUUUAAAAUCUACCAUUUUAAGCUGCAAAAUCCAAUCUGGAAUAGUUUGUUUCUGGUUUUUUCUCUUGCCUGCAACAAAUGUCAUUCAUUGCAAAAUUUUAGAUAUAUUAUCUAGUGCAAAUACAGUGAUGGGGGCAUGGGGGCUUAGCUCUUCAAUCAAGCUUUAUAUUUCAUAAGGUAGACGACUUGCAUUUUUAUUAUUUUGUAUACAGAUGUCUUUGGUUACUGUACAGACUUCAACAAUGAGAAAAACUCAUACUUUAUAGUCAGCUGUAAGAGCUAGGUCCUGAUAUGAUAAUGAUAAGAAGUUUGCAGCACACAUUUUUUUUUUUUUUAAUUUUUCAUAUUUUAUUGAAAUCUGUGCAUUUGUUAGUUGAAAAACAUCAUGUACCGGUACCUUAUCCCUUACUUGAUAACCUAUUUGUACAGCUGUUAGUAUUUGUUAGUAAUAUACAUACAAUAUUGCAUACUCAAAAAAUUAUAUAACAUGUCAGAAAUAUCAAUUAAGAAGCUUACCAUUAAGAUCAUCAAAUAUAAUUUUCUAACAUAGCAAAUGCACAGGUUAUCAAAAAUAUAGUUUGUGUAGUUAAGUGAUAUUUUUAAAGAUAUGUGUUUUGAGUGUGUCUGUAGAUUUUUAAACAAUCAAAAGGAAUUAUUAUUUUUUUAUAGAAGAGUUGUUUUGUUUGUUUUAAUUUUGUCUUUGCACAGAUUAAUUUUAUAGCAUUUUCCCAUAAAAGAACCAAUUUAUCAUAUGACAAUUUUAUCUCUACUAAAUUAUGUACACAUAACGUCACAGUACCAAAAUUGCACCUAUUCAGGAAAAAUUGCAGUGGAAAUGGGGAAUGUGUCAAAGAGACAACAACCCGCCCAUAUAGCAGACAACUGCCGAAGGCCACCAAUGGGUUUUUCAAUGCAGCGAGAAACUCCCACACCCGGAGGCGUCCUUCAGCUGGCCCCUAAACAAAUAUGUAUACUAGUUCAGUGAUAAUGGACGUCAUACUAAACUCCAAAUUAUACACAAGAAACUAAAAUUAAAAAUGAUACAAGACUAACAAAGGCCAGAGGCUCCUGACUUGGGACAG